CAUAUGGGAACACUAUUUAUUUGCGACGAAAACAUUCGUCCAUGGCAACAACGAUCGCGUACUGUUCAAGUUACUUGCCAGCAGGAGCAAAUCAGGAAACUUACUAAUCACGAGCACCUAUUACUCUCCACAAGUCCAUCGAUCAACCCGGCAGUCAUGCUGAGCCUGUACCCGAGGCUGCCGGCGAGCUCCGCCGACGGGGACGACCACGGCGAGGUCGUCGACGCAUACCGCGUCUUCUGCGCCAUCGCCGUCGUGUGCAUUACCAUAUGCAUCUUCAUUGUGCUCGUGGCUUCCUCCUCGGUCGCCGUCGGGAAAGCGUGCGGCUUCGCCGCCAUGGCGGCGCUGCUCCUGGGCGUCGUUGGCUACUUCGCUCCCAAGGCAUGGAUUCGUGGGAGGGGUAGGCCGGCGAGCGCGCUGCUAGCUCUCACUGUCACGCCUGGCCAGACACGGGCGCCAGGGUGCGCAUGCGUGCUGCCCGCGGACGUGCCGCUACCGCCAGCAUUCGCGUACGGUGGCGGCAAGCAGGAGCAAGAGGCCACCGCGAGCUGCGUGAUGUGCUCGGUGUGCCUAGAGGACGUGCACGGCGGCGAGAUGGUGCGGCAGCUGCCGGCGUGCAAGCACAUCUUCCACGUUGAGUGCGUCGACAUGUGGCUGCAAUCGCACCGGACGUGCCCGAUGUGCCGGGCCGUGAUCAAGCCGCCGACAAUGCUCACAGUGAAGGCGGCGGCGGCAGAAGAGGCGCCGGAGUCCUCGAAUGAGUCGUUGCCGCCGGUGUAGCCCGCCAGUGUUUACAUUUAGAGAUGCACAUAAGUAUCAUUUACCACCUUCUAUUUAG